GGGCCGGCCCCAUAAGGCCGCGGGCCGCCGGCCGGACCCAGCGCCCCAGCCGGGAGGGUCGAUGCCGAGGGGGAUCGCUAUGGACUGGGCCCGACCCCGGGCCCAGGCUGCCCGCAGCUGCCUCUGCCUCCUCCUGCUGCUGCUGCUGGCCGUGCCCGGGCAGCCGCACCGUGCGGGUUUCCAGGAGGUCUCUCUGUUGUCUUCCUAUGAAGUUGUCGUCCCACAGAGGCUGGGGAGAGAGCGGCGAGAGGCUUCCAAUGUCUCCUCAGCACAGGACCAGGUGUCCUAUGCCAUUGAGAUCGAGGGGCAGCAAUACACCAUCCACCUGCAACAGAACAGAGAACUGCUGCCCAAAGAUUUCACUGUUUAUACCUACAACGAGGAGGGGAAGUUGCAAGCAGACUACCCAGAUGUCCAGGAUCACUGCCACUACCAAGGAUACGUGGAGGGGAGCCUGGAUUCUGUGGUUGCUGUCAGCACUUGCUCGGGGCUCAGGGGUUUGGUGAUGCUAGGGAACAUCACCUAUGGAAUUGAGCCCAUGGAUUCCUCUUCUGGCUCUAAACACAUCUUGUAUCGCCUGGACAACGUGAAGCAGGAGCCCAGCACCUGUGGAGUGAACUCUGAAGGCCAUGCAAAGGAGCACACAGAGGACAAUCACCAUCCCAGUAUGACCCAGCUGCUGCGAAGGAAGAGAGCAGUCCUGCACCAAACAAGAUAUGUGGAGCUGUUCAUAGUGGUGGAUAAAGAAAAGUUUGAAGACUUUGGGAAGAGUGAAACAGAAGUGAGGGAGCACAUGGUGCAGCUGGCCAACUUCCUGGACAGUAUGUACCUGAUGCUGAACAUCCGCAUCGUGCUGGUGGGGCUGGAGAUCUGGAAGGCAGAGAACAUCAUCAGCACGGAGGGAGGUGCUGGGGACGUGCUGGCCAACUUCGUCCAGUGGCGCGAGAAGAACCUGGUCCUGCGCCGCAGGCACGACAGUGCCCAGUUCGUCCUGAAGAAGGGGUUUGGUGGCACAGCUGGAAUGGCCUAUGUCGGAACAGUGUGCUCCAAGAGCCACGCAGGAGGCAUCAAUGUGUUUGGCAGGAUCAGUAUCCAGAUGUUUGCAUCCAUCAUGGCUCAUGAGCUAGGCCACAACCUGGGGAUGAACCACGACGAUGGCCGCGUCUGCCACUGCGGCGCCAGCAGCUGCAUCAUGAGCUCUGGGGCAUCAGGCUCAAGGAACUUCAGCAGCUGCAGUGCAGAGGACUUUGAGAAGCUCACUCUCAACAAAGGUGGAAGCUGCCUGCUCAACGUGCCCAGGCCUGAUGAAACCUACAGCGUCCCCUACUGCGGGAACAGGCUGGUGGAUGCUGGAGAGGAGUGUGACUGUGGCUCGCCAAAGGAGUGUGAGAGUGAUCCCUGCUGUGAGCCAGGGACUUGCAGGCUCCGGUCCGGUGCUGAAUGUGCUUACGGCGACUGCUGUAGGAACUGCCGGCUCCUUCCUGGUGGAACCGAGUGCCGGGCGAGUAACAACGAAUGUGACCUCCCAGAGUACUGCAAUGGCAGCUCUCAGUUCUGCCAGCCUGACUUCACUGUCCACAAUGGGCACCCCUGCCACAAUGAGGAGGCUUACUGCUACAAUGGUGUCUGCCAGUACUAUGAUGCCCAGUGCCAGGACAUCUUUGGCCCAAAAGCCAAAGCAGCUCCCAGUAUUUGUUUUGCUGAAGUGAAUUCCAAAGGUGACAGAUUUGGCAACUGUGGGUUCCAUGGGCAUGACUACAAGAAAUGUUCCAGCUGGAAUGCCAUGUGUGGGAAGCUCCAGUGUGAAAAUGUGAAGGCCAUGCCCGUGUUUGGCAUCAAACCUGCCAUCAUCCAAACCCCUAUUAGAGGCACCACCUGCUGGGGUGUAGAUUUCCAGCUAGGCUCUGAUGUUCCAGACCCAGGGAUGGUGAAUGAAGGCACCAAGUGUGGGAAUGGGAAGAUCUGCAGACACUUCCAGUGUGUGAGUGCCUCUGUCCUCGACUACGACAGUGACAUGGAGAAGCAGUGCCACGGGCAUGGGGUGUGCAAUAACAACAGGAACUGUCACUGUGAACCAGGCUGGGCCCCUCCCUACUGUGACCACAAGGGCUACGGGGGCAGUGUGGACAGUGGACCCCCCUAUAAUGACAAGGACACCUCGCUGAGGGAUGGGCUUCUGGUGUUCUUCUUCCUGGUCCUGCCCCUGCUCGUCGCUGCUGCUCUGGCGUUUGCCAGGAGGGACAGGCUGAAGAGAUGCUGGAGAAGGCUAAAGUCUCGCUGCCACUCGUCACUUCAGUCCCCACCUCCUAGGACAGAAGCUGAACCGAGAGACUGCCAGCCCAGAGGCUUCUCUCACGGCAUGCCUUAUGCUCCAAGAGGUGUUCCCAUGGCUAUGGAACCAAAUACCUACCCUGUGCCAUCUUACCCAGUGCCCCAGCCUCCCCAGCAGGCUUACCAGCACCAGCCUCCCCAGCAGGCUUACCAGCACCAGCCUCCCCAGCAGGCUUACCACCAACCUUACUACCCAUCCCCACCGUACCAGGCACAGCAGCCACAGAAGCUGCCCACCAGGCCACCACCUCCACAGCAGAAAUGUGCACCUCAGGGACCUCCUCCAUCCCAGCAGAGAUGUUUACCUCAGGGACAGUAUUUUCCUUCCCGACCUGCACCUUUGCCUCCCAAAUAGCUUCUGGCUUCUUUGGGGCCUUGAUGUGAGCUGAGCUGCUCAUGGAGACAGAGCUGAAGCAGCAGUCCUCCUCCUCCUCACCUGGUGAUGCCAGGACACCUUCCUCCUGCAGCCUGGGAUAAGGCAAGAGAGAAAUCCAGCUGAGGAAUGUAGAACUUGAAACUAAAUACCUCUACCAAAGCUACAGGACCUGAAAGCAGCCAAGCCCCUGUCACAUCUGGCCCUGCUGUGGCCCUGCAGCAGGGCUGUGCCCAGCACAGCUCUGAAGCUCAGCACCUUGGGAGUUGCUUUUGGUUUCCUCAUUUCUGUGAUGAGCUCCAGGAAGGAAGUUUGUCUGAUUUGCUGUCAUCUUUCCAAGUGCCCAGGGAAGAACUGAGGGAACCCUUCUGCUGUUUGUCCAAACAAGAAACCUGCCCAGCUGCUCUUUUUCCUUUGCAUGGACUGGGAGCUGUUUACACACAAAUGGCACAAGUGAAAUGAAGUGAAGCAUUGGUGGUACCUUCCCAGAGGAAGAUCAAGACAUUGCAAACAUGUUUCUGCAUGUAGAUCUACUUCUUGAUGUGUAGUAAUGCACUUAAAUCCCUGCUCUGAUGCUGACUGACACUAAGCUGUGCCCCCUCAGCACUGAGUUUAAUGUCCAGACAUGAAUCACUGGGAGCUGCUCAAUCAGACUCCUCUACUAAUUGCCACUAACACCCUGAGUGGGCUAUGAGGGUAAAGGUACGAGAAGGCAGGGCCCCUGGUUUUGCUUUUUAACCACUGGGCUGCUUCUGGGCUUUCAUUUGGGUCAGCUCUGUAGGGGAGGUGAGAGGAAAAGUGGCUUUUGGGUUUGAAAAGAGAGUGGGAAUGCUGCUAUGCUGCCUGGAGGCUGAGGGGAGACCACAUUGCUCUCUGACAGGAGGCUGGAGCCAGAUGGGGGUUGGUCUCUUCUCCCAAGGAGCAAGUGAUAGGAUGAGGGGAUGCAGCCUCAAGUUGCCCCAGGGGAGGUUUAGAUUGGACAUGAGGAACAAUUUCUUCCCCUAAAGCUGUCAAGGCCUAGCCCAGGCUGCCCAGGGCAGCAUUGGAGUCCCUGUUCCUGAAGCUGUUGCAAAGCUGUGGAGAUGUGGUGCUGAGGGCCAGGGCUUGGUGGUGCCCUGGCAGUGCUGGGCUAAGGGUUGGACUUGAUCUGAAAGGUCUCUUCCAGCCUCAAUGAUUCAGUGACUCUAAGGCCUGGGCACAAUCCCUGCACAGCACUGGCAAGCAAAACCCAUCUGUGCCUGGCAAGCUGAGCUCCUCUGAGCACUUUAAGCAGGAACCAGUUGACCCAUGCAGCCCAUGAGCUUCUUAAGUGUCAGUCAGGAUGCUGCAGCCUGCUUUUGGCCCAGAUGGGCUGGAAAAGCCUUCCUGGGGAGGAGCCUCCAGCGUUUGCUGUGCUGGCUGAGGGCAGCCGCUGGGGCUGUGGCAGGGGCUGGGUGCUGCUGGUCCCCGACACAGGAACCUGUUGCCCAAACCUGCUCCAAGUGAAAUCCUGAGAAGAGUGCUGGGCUUUUUCACUCUGUGCCAGCCACUGAGUGCCAGCUCAAGCUGUCAGAUCCUCUCCCCAGUCUUGCCAACCCCCCCCUCUUUCUGUAUAUACAUCUAGCAAAGUAUCUCUAUAUAGUGUUUGCCUCUGCAGUAGUCCAAUACUUGAACUCCUGUGGUUUCCCCUAAGCUUAGAUUUAUAACACUCUUGAAUAUGUAAACCAGCAGCUGGAGUAUCAGCAGGGGUAGUGCUGGGGGGGGGGUCUUCUUGCUCCAGGAUCAUCUCUUCCUGCUUUUGUCUUCUUCGGGGCUGCCCUGGCUGGCUGCAAGCAGCAGCGGAGCUUGGGGGGAGCCUCUUGGUGACUCCAGCUCGGUCCCGGAGGGUGGUGGGGACAAAGAGGAGGGAAUCCAAGGGAUGAAGUCAUCCCAAAAAGAGAGUGAGAGAGAGGGAGAGGGAGAGAGAGCUGUCCUGGCCUGGUUUGGAGGCACGAACCGAAGCUGUGCCGACCUGGUGCCUUCUCGCAGCCAGAGGAGUUUCUGUGCUGGCGGUGUGGGGCGGGCGGCGAUGGCAGCGGCUUGGGCUGAUGCUAGAGCGAGGAGGCAGCUCCAGCGUUCCACCUGCUCGGUCCGAAGAUGACUACUGACUGCUGUUUGGUGUGGUUUGGUUUCUGACGUGUCCGUUCCCCCUGUGCCGCCCCGGGCAGGGCUGCUGAGCGCAGAGGUGGUGGCCGUGGAGGUUCCAAGCUCUGCGCUGCCGUCCCCCGCGCGUCGCUCCGGUACCGUCGGGGGCUGACGAAAGGGCUGUUCCUGACCCCCUUUGUAAGACUCCAACAGCAAUAAAAGAUGCCACUUUUGUA